AAAGCAUAUGAUGUGCCACAAUCAACACUACAUACUCGCGUUCAUAGUACUCAGCCACGACUAGAGCUACGGUCUGUUAACCGUAAGCUAUCGUCCAUUGAAGAGCAGUCCCUUGUGCAGUGGAUCCUAGACCUUGACCGUCGUGGUUUUCCACCCCAUAUUAUCGACGUACGACGGAUGGCAGACGCGUUACUCGCCGCGCGUGGCCAAGAUCCACCUCCACAACCUGUAGGCAAGAAAUGGGUGUCGCGCUUUAUCCAGAGCCAGCUAGAGCUUCAGACGAAGUGGAGUAGAAGGCUUAACAGCCAGCGCGCCCAGUACGAAGAUCCUGCUACAAUCGUAGCGUGGUUUAAGUUGGUAGAGGAGACGCGCCAGACGUACGGCGUGCUAGACCAGGAUAUCUAUAACUUUGACGAGACUAGGUUCGCAAUGGGCGUCGCUAGCACGUCAAAAGUCGUAACUAGCUCUAAUAGAGUUAGUCGGGCAGUCGUCGUA